AGUACAUCGUGGAGGCGCGGGAGGAGCAGCACUCCGAGGAGGGGGAGUGGAUGUGGGAGGAGUGGAAGAAAGUGUCCGGGGAAUUCAACCACCUGGAGCUGAAGCUCCACCCCUACUGCACCUACCGCUUCAGGGUCAUCGCCAUCAACGAGAUCGGGGCCAGCGAACCCAGCAAGCUCUCAGGGCACCGCAGCACGCCGCCAGCUGUUCCUGACAGAAACCCCACUGGUGUGCGCAGUGAGUCUGUGGACCCAAAGACUCUGAUCAUUAUGUGGGAUGAGAUGGACAAACGCUUUCAUAACGGACAGAGCUUCCAGUACAAGGUGUUGUGGCGGAAAGCUGGGGGGAAGGAUUUACGCUGGAACACGGCCGACGUACAGUCUCCGCCGUUCACGGUGAACAACACAGGAACGUACACGCCGUUUGAGAUCAAAGUUCAGGCCGUCAACUCACUCGGAUCCGGACCGCCACCAGAGGCUGAGAUCGGACACUCCGGAGAGGACGGUACGCCAAAUGAAAACUCAUUUAUUUCAACAAAGUGACUGCAGCUUUUUUGUUACUGCAUUGAGCCAGAAACAGUUACGGCGUUACAUAAAGAACUUUAUUAUUUACCCUUUCUGUUAUUUCUUUAUUCCGUCAUCCAAACAAACACAGAGAUGAAUUCGCCUUGAAGUGUCUGAGGUAGUCUGUGGCAAAAUAAAUUCUUCGCUGUCAGCUGUAGUAUCAAAUUGCCACGAUAGGUGCCAUUCGGGUGCUUUGAAAAUUGUUGUUAGUAUCAUACUGCCAUGACACGUUACA